CCUGCGGAAAGAGGUGGCCCCGGGCUCGUAGCCGGCACCUUCUGGGUCAUGGCAGCUGUCAGGUCCGGCCUGGGCCGCAUCUCCCCAGCUUCAUCCAUCCUGUUCCUGUGCGACAUGCAGGAGAAAUUCCGCCACAACAUCGUCUUCUUCCCAGAGAUUGUCUCCGUGGCUGCACGCAUGCUCAAGGUGGCCCGGCUGCUGGAGGUGCCUGCGAUGCUGACCGAGCAGAACCCGAAACGCCUGGGCCCCACGGUGCCCGAGCUGGGGGCCGAGGAGCUGCGGCCGCUGCCCAAGACCUGCUUCAGCAUGGUGCCUGCCCUGAGCCAGGAGCUGGACGCCCGGCCGCACCUGCGCUCCGUGCUGCUGUGUGGGAUCGAGGCACAGGCCUGCAUCCUGAACACCGCCCUGGACCUCCUGGACCGCGGCCUGCAGGUCCACGUGGUGGUGGACGCCUGCUCCUCCCGCAGCCAGGUGGACCGACUGGUAGCGCUGUCUCGGAUGCGUCAGAGCGGCGCCUUCCUUUCCACCAGCGAGGGGCUUAUUCUGCAGCUUGUGGGGGAUGCCGCGCACCCCCACUUCAAGGAGAUCCAGAAGAUUAUCAAGGAGCCUGUCCCCGACAGUGGGCUACUGGGCCUCUUCCAAGGCCAGAACCCCCUGUUCAGAUGA